AUGACCGAGCAAGGUCUUCCAUCGCACCUCCUCGCCCUCCCUCGGGAGUUGCGCGACAUCAUCUACGAAUACACCUUCACCACCGUCGUCCAAAUCACCGAUCGCAGCAGCGCAAGUCACAAUGCUGGACUACUUUCCACCUGCCAUCAGACUCGAGCGGAAGCAGUAAAGCUCUAUUACCUGCGCACCACUUUCGAAACAACUGGCCACGACCGUAGGAGCGUCGAGGGCAACCUGGUUCGCUUCUUCCGCUCCGUGCCAUCGCAGAGUGUGGGCCUCAUCCAGGCAGUCUACGUCCAUGUCGAAGUCCCAAUCUUCACUGGCGACUUCGCUGUUUACCGCCACAGGAACCAGAGGAUGCGAUACGAGAAUCUGUACGUGUCACUUGGCCCACGGUUGCCGAGGCAGGCCCCUGGGCUGAGAAAGAUCCUGAAGGUGAAAGUGUGGUCUUGGAAUGGGAGGGAGAAUGAAGAGGUCUGGACGUCGAACCCUUACGGGGAGAAGAUGCCGCGAGUUUGA